UAUGCUAAACAUGUUACUUUAGAUACUGAGACUUCUUGUUUUGAUAUUUCAGUGCAACGGAAUAUUCUAGAUUUCCCUCAGCAUGUCUCUCCUUGCAAAGAAGUUCGGGCUGCAAGCACAGAGGCAGACAAACAGCUAUCAGAAUUUGAUGUAGAGAUGAGUAUGAGAGAAGAUGUUUACAAGAGGAUUGUUGCUCUUCAGGGUCAAGUUGAAGGUCUACAUCCAGAGGCCAUACGCUACAUGGAAAGAUUACUGAAACUAGGGAAAAGAAAUGGACUCCACCUGCUGAGAGAAAAGCAAGAUGAGAUCAAAGCCAUUAAGAAGAGAAUCAGCACUUUAUGUAUCGACUUCAGCAAGAACCUGAAUGAGAAUACAACCUUUCUGGAGUUCACACAGGAUGAAUUGGGCGGUCUUCCUGAUGACUUUAUCAAUAGCCUGGAGAAAACAGACACUGGGAAGCUAAAGGUGACUCUAAAAUAUCCCCACUAUUUUCCCUUGAUGAAGAAAUGUUAUGUCCCAGAAACCAGGAAGAAGAUGGAGCAUGCCUUUAAUUCCCGCUGUAUGGAGGAGAAUACAAAAAUCCUUAAAGAAUUGGUGGAACUUCGUACAAAGAAGGCUGGUAUCCUGGACUUUAAGACCCAUUCGGAUUUUGUACUUGAAAUGAACAUGGCUAAGAAUAGCAAAAGUGUCAAUAUCUUUCUAGAUGAAUUAGCACAGAAGUUGAAACCACUUGGUGACGAGGAGAGGGAGGUGAUAUUAGAUCUGAAGAAGGAAGAGUGUGAGAAGCGAGGGCUGGAAUUUGAUAAUAUUAUAAAUGCUUGGGAUCUGCGCUACUACAUGAACCAAGUGGAGGAGUUGAAGUACUCUGUGGAUCAGAAUCUGCUGAAGGAAUAUUUUCCGAUGGAUGUUGUAACUUCUGGCCUGCUGGGAAUCUACCAAGAUCUACUGGGAUUAACGUUUCAACUAAUUGAGAACAUGCCUGUGUGGCAUGAGGAUGUAAAACUGUAUUCCGUGAAAGACACUACAACUGGAGAGUUGAUGGGACAAUUUUAUUUAGAUUUAUAUCCAAGGGAGGGGAAGUAUGGACAUGCUGCUUGUUUUGGGCUUCAGCCAGGAUGUUUACUACCUGAUAACACCAGGCAGAUCACGGUGGCUGCUAUGGUUGCAAACUUCACCAAGCCAACUCCCAGUGCUCCAUCAUUACUUCAACAUGAUGAGGUUGAAACCUAUUUCCAUGAGUUUGGUCAUGUGAUGCAUCAGAUCUGCUCUCAAGCUGAGUUUGCCAUGUUCAGUGGAACACAUGUUGAGCGAGAUUUUGUGGAGGCUCCAUCUCAGAUGUUGGAGAACUGGGUUUGGGAGAAGGAACCAUUACUCCGAAUGUCCAAACACUACAAAGAUGGGAAGAUGAUUCCACAAGAUCUGCUGGACAAACUCCUUAAAUCAAGGCUGGCUAAUACCGGGCUCUUUAAUUUGCGACAGAUAGUUUUGGCAAAAGUUGACCAGUCGCUGCACAUGAGCACAAAUGUGGAUGCUAAGGAAGAGUAUGCCAGGUUAUGUAAAGAGAUAAUGGGAGUUCCAGCAUCACCAGGAACUAAUAUGCCAGCCACAUUUGGGCAUCUGGCAGGGGGCUAUGAUGCCCAGUAUUAUGGUUAUCUCUGGAGUGAGGUUUAUUCAAUGGACAUGUUCUACACCCGAUUUCGCCAAGAAGGGGUCAUGAGCUCAAAGGUUGGCUUGGAUUACCGGAACUUUAUUCUUAAACCAGGUGGUUCUUUAGAUGCCGAAGAUAUGCUGAAAAGUUUCUUGGGGCGUGAACCAAAGCAGGAGGCUUUCCUUCUGAGCAAAGGGUUGAGUGUGGAUCAGGACAGACACUCCGCCCCUUCUGCCUGUUGAGAUAGUUUAUUUCAAUGUGCACUAUUUGCAUGCUGCUGUUUUUCCACUGUGGCACAGGAAUCUCUCCUUUCAUCACCUGCUUUCCAAAAGGAUUAUUUCCAAAUCAUAAUUUGUUCAAUAACUGAAAGGGGUUACUAGAGCUCCCAUACUGUAGCAAAAAACCUUGCUUUAAAUAAAAAAAAAGAUAAAUUCAGAUUUUUUAAAAUUGUAAUCUUUGGGUAAUUGUAGAGGAACAAAGGUGUGAGAACCGAACUCUUUUUCACACAAGUCAACCAUUUACUGUAACAACUGGAGUUGGAAGUAUUUCCUUCUGCUGGACAUCUGUGUGAGAGAGAAUUGCAUGUGGACAAUCUUAGGCUUGUGAUGCCUUCCAGAAUAGUAACAUCUAAACUAAAUGGCUGUGCUUCACUUGUUAAGCGAAAGGCACCAAAAUUCAUUCUCACGAGAAACUGCAAAAUUUAAAAGAGAUAACUGAAAGAAUUUCCACACUUUGUUAGUAAUAAGUAUUUUCCUUUACAAAACUUUUAACAAAAGAUAGGAGCAUUAAUUGUAAUUUGAACAAAUUAUUAGGUUAAUAUUAGAAUGUAAACAUUGUCAUUACUAAGAAUAAACAGGGCAAACCUCUUUGUUUAAUACACUAUGUAUUACAAAAUCUAAGCGUUGCUCCAUAAUUUUUUUUAAAAAUGCAGUGAAUGUUCAUGGAAUGUGAUUUAAUUAUAUGACCCUGAUAAUUUGAAAUUAUGGAUAAAGUUUCCAAAUGGUUUGUCCCAUGUAGUACAUGGCCACAAAAACCAGGAACAUGCCCAGUCUCUAUCUAAAUAGUUGAUCACAACUGGAAACAUUGUGUUUAGCUUUCACACCUGGUUUAAAAGGAGUUGGAGAAGUUUAGGAAAAUUUAUUUGCAUCCUAACUCCUGAAUGUUAUUCAAUAACCUUAUUAGAAAAUCUGAUGCCUGGUGAUGGGAGGAAAGCUUCUGCUGUCUGUGGAAUUGCAUCUGAGCAUAAAAAUAAAGACAACAAAUAGUGAAGAAAUGGAAUUGAAUUUAAUAAUGCAGUAUAUUCUUAUUACUUUGGUCCCAGAACAGUUUUUGGCAAAAUGGGUGUGGACUAGCUAACUAUAUGUGAUGUGGUUUGCAAUAUUUAUACUUUGAGCAUAGGAAAGUUUAUUUGCAUAAUCAGAGGUAAUGGUAUUUUAUUUGGGAGAAUAUUCCCUCACUUUUUGCCCAAGUUUGCAGUCCUAAGUAAUGGUUUUUUGGAGUAUAACUUGCAAGUCUUCCAGUGUACUGGCUGUAAAUGACCUUCUCUGGGUGACUUCGGUUGGGGCAUUUAAUCAGACCGGAGUGUGGUGGGUGGUCAUCCCCUCCAACUUGCUCCUCCGCUCCUAUUUAAUUAUGUGGUGUGAAGGUCUGUAAACUGUCUUCCCAUCACCAGUUAAGAUCCUUAACUGAGUAAUUAAUGCUGACUUAAAGGCCUCAUUUCUGCUGCAGCUGAUGUUAACACAGUAGGGAAUGUGGGAGCUUACGAAGCAGGUUGCUUGUCAACUCCUUAGGUACAUUCAAAGAUAUUCACUUGCUGAUCAAGGGACUCAACAUUGGGAGGCGUUGAUUGGGGAAGUGCUGAAAACCAACCAUGUGCCCCUCUCUUAGGUCUCAGGAAGGUGUCGUACCACCAACAGUGACUACUAUUUCCCUUUAAAAGAACUGCUGGACUCUUUGAUUGCCUGUCAACUCUGUGAGGGUAACAUCUGCCCAGGCAUAAAGGCUUUGACAGAAAGCCUGCCACUAUCCAAUUAAACCCUCAGGUGGCUGUCAGUUGACAGACUUUCCCUUAGAGAGGUGAUGUAGGUCUCUUGGCAUCCUUCAGUAGGCAGACAGGACCUCUAUCACUUCUAUUAAAAUAUCUCCCACUGUGUUACAAGAUGAGUUAAAUGUUCGAGAUCAUACAUCCAGACCUGAUGAGUCCCUGAUUGCAGCUUGGUCAGUUCCUGAACGUAUUUCCUCUAAGCAGGUGCAUAUUGGAAUAGCCUUUUCCUCCUUGAUAUUUUCUCACAAGGGAGCAGCAUUAAAUGUUAUCUCUAACCAUGUUGCACAGUUAAAUGCACUGCACAUUGAACCGUGGAGCAUAAACUGAGCAGCUGGAGCCCAAAUGAAGCAGGGUGUAUAUGGCCUUCUGCAGUGUAAUGAGUGUAGACUACAUUAUGAAGAACUGUGAUCAUUGUGGAAAAGGUUUUCUGUUUUAAACAGGAUUUAUAAUCUAUGGUCAGUUUAAAAAAAAAACAUCUGUUUUGGUAAUCACUGUAGCUUUGCCAUCUUUUAGUCAGAGAGAUGCUGCUUAACUUGUUUAGUGAAUAAUAUCAAUGCAGUAAAUUAAUGACAAGAUUUUAUUGUAUGUGGCAUUCAAUUGUUCCUCUAUAAAAAACAACUAAUACAAAGGUACAAUGACUUACUUAAUCCUUUGUCACAGGUCAAAAUCUCUCAAUAUCCAUGUGAUUUCUGUAUUUUCAGUGGGACAUUAGGUCAGAAACAUUUUUUUUCUAAUCACAAGGCAAAACUGCUGAUGUGGCUUCAGUCUUUUCCAUUCCAUCCUGCCUGCCCUUCCCCCAACACCCGAACACACAAUUCUCAUCCAUUAUUCAACUCUUUCCAUUAUUAUAUUAUCCUCUGACAAGCUGGCAUUUUUUGGUGUAUUUCUAAUUGUGUGGUUGCCUAACUAAUAGCAAGAAAACAAUUGGGAAUACAGUAAAGCAUUACUAGAAAUAAUUAUAUUAACAGAUAAGGCACAUUCAAAAUAUGAAAUGAAGACCUCCCUGAGUAGUAGUCAUGAGGGAUAUUUAGCAAGUGAUGAUCCUGGCUUUCAAAACCUCAGAUUUACGCUAGACUUAACUGGAGUAUGUGAUGCAAGUUUUUUAAUCAAACAAAGUUUGAUACAAAGGAUGCUUUAAUACACUGCCCGUUGGGUGUGCACGCAGAGGCCCACGUCUACCUAUUUUCAGCAUAAAAUUGCUCCUGAUGGGAGCAUCAAUGUUUUGCUGCAUCUCACACUCAUACUCAGGCUCCACAAACCAUGUAGUUAUGUACUCUACAGUUUUUGCAUGGUUUGUGUUCGAAGAACAAUGGGAAUAUUGCCUCCUACCAGGAACAGUGUAUCACUGGAACACUACCAUUCAAUAAAUGCAUUUAUAAUCUUACUGAUUCAAGUGGGGCUGUAUUAAGCUAUUUUUUUGGAUUACACCUUAAAUGAAUGUUACUUUAAGAUGUUGAUGUAUAGAUAAUCCUACCAGAAAUAAACCUUUUAGAACUUGGCAAUAAAACUUAAAUUU